GGUAGAGUGUGCUCUUCGUGACCGACACGAAUACUACAUUCCUGCUAAAUCAUCCACUAAAUUCACAAAUUCCCCAGCCAAUGCACCAAUAAGAACAUGGAAAACUAUCUCUUGUGAUGACAAAAACAGUCCCUCAAUAUCAGCCUUUAAGUCAGUCAUGUUACAAUAAAUGGAAAUAUAACCCCAACCCCCGUUCAGUGCUGACCACAAAACUAAACCUCAAAAGAUCUAUCGAAAUUAAAUUGAAUCGUAUCCGAGUUGACCUGGCAUCCAGAGCAGAUUUUUACAGACACAAUUUUAAAGAGUUUACAGAUCCUUGUUGCCUAUGUGGAUAUCAACAGCAAACUAAGUCUCAUUUACUCCUUGAUUGCCUUCUAUCGAAUGGAGCCAGAGAAGUUUUUACCCAAAACCUGAAGGAGCUGCCUACUUUUAAUUAUAACAACUUUGCCACUUUAACAAAGGCUAGUAAAAUCAAGAUUAUGCUUUUUGAAGAUUGUAAACUUUCAGAUGAAUGUAACAAAGAAAUUACCAAUUUAUCAGCAUAUCUUAUUGACAAAAUCAUCUCAUACUUUAUACAAAUCCAUUAUCGUAAGGACAAAGUUCAACCCAUCUUUCAUCUAUCAUUAUCAUUCAUUCCUUACAUUUCCCAUAAG